AUGCAUCUGCUCCAGGGCGGUCGCGACAUGGGAGAGACACUCGCCAACCCCGAUCAUGCGCCGCUCCCAGCGAAGAACGAUCAGGUGCGUCUGGCGGAAGCGGGGGAGACUAGGAACGAGGGGGAGGGAAUCAGGCGACAGGGGAGGGGUCGAGCAGAACCAGAGGAUACAGCCGCUGAGGAGGAUCACCCGGUGGAUCUGCAGACGGUGGAGGCUGCGUACGGGCAGGAAGCACGAGAGGUGCCCCAUCUGCAGCCGCCAGCGGCGGAGGAGCCGGAGGAGGAGGCGCGCGAGAUGACGGCAGAGAGAGAGUCACCGGUGGGGCGGGAGGGGGUAGCGGCGCCGAUGGCGCCGAGGGCGAUGACGCCGCAGGCACAGACGAUUGCUGAUGGGACGACUGGAGAGAUGCAGACGGGUAACGCGACGGCGACGACUCCAGGAGACGGUGACCGCACGUCUGAAGCAGGGGCCCGACGAUCUCACGCUGAACAGCGGGAGGGUGUUGAGGCGGACGGCGACCCCGGAAGGAGCCGCCACGAGCCCGGAGAUGUGGAUGGGUCCUCCCGUGGGGAGAGCGAUAGACGGCCUCCUCGUGCGCGACCAGGGCAGCGGCGGCUCGGAGCAGGGCUGGCGCCAGCUCGUCCUGGGCCUGUGAGUGGCUGGGAGCAGCAGGAGGACCGGCCGGGCGGUCCGACCGGGAGGAGGACCGGCGCUUGCCCGUCAUCGCAACGUGACCUGCACGCACAAGGAGGCGAGGGCGAGGAAAACCGCACGGCGGAUCAGCUCGAGGAGAACGAUGAGGACAGGGAGGAAGAGGUGAUAGCGACGGUGUCAGCAGCGUGGCAAAGGCAGAGGAACGAAACCAACAAGCAAAGGGCCUUACGAGAGCAGGAGAAAGAUAGGGCGAGGGGUCAGCAGCCGCGAAACGCGGCGGGAAGCACGGCCACGCGGGGACGCAGGAGGGGCCGGGGCAAGGGGGGACGGGUGGGGGAGCUAGCGAGAUCCGUAGCAAGGGAAAAAGCCAGAUCUGGAAACUGGCGGGAAAGGCACGGGAGGCCAGAGGAGCAGAACGCAGAACCAAUGAAUGACCCGCCUGAGGAAGAGGAGUCAGAAUAUAUGGGGGAGGAAGAGGCGGAGUCUGAAGAGGUAUCUGUGGAGGCCGAGGAUGGGGUCCCCGCUGGCAACGAAGGCAGACGAAGACGUGGCGGAAGACGAGGACGAGAAGGAAGAAAUCCCGACGAGGCAGGACAGGUGGGCGAAUCACCAGCUCAGCAGGCCAAUGAGGCCGCCAGCAAGGAGCGCUCACCGAAUGACAUCGCGGACGACGAGGACACAUGGCGGGCGGUAGCGAGUUGGGAUCUGGAUCCGCUACGAGCCAGCUCCCAACCAUUCCUGUUCAGGAAGCUUCCCCCGGAAAUUCUGAAAUCCUACAGCCACUGUCUCACCAUCCCCCUCUUGUGA